AGAUUUAAAAAAUUAUUUUAAAUAAUAUGCCAAAGGGAUAAACAACAACAACAACUACAUAAAAAGCUUAGAAGGCUGCCAAAAAUGCUAGAGUUGCUAAGAAAGUUAUCAGAGCAAGAACUCAUUUCUAAAAUAGAUUCCAUACCGCAUCACCUUUGGCACUUACAAGAAAACCUUAAUUCAUUAGAUUAACUAGAUAAUUAAAACCACUUACUAAAGGUUUAGAUUUCUAAAAUGUCCUCAGACAUCCUCUAAUUACAGAAAAGGAUAUGAAAAAAAUGGAAGAUGAAAACACUAUGGUCUUUUAUGUUAAUUAAAAAGCUACUAAACCAUAAAUUAAAAGAGCAUUUUCUAAAAUUUACGAUGUCAAAGUUAGAAAAGUCAACGUAAUAUUUAAAUGCCUAUAUUCAGAUCUUAAAUACCUUUGGAGGCAAAAAGAAGGCAUACAUUAGAUUAGGAGGUGAAAAUGAUGCACUUAAUUUGGCCAACAAAAUUGGAAUCAUUUGAGUGAUAAAGUCAUAUUAUUGCAUAGUAAAAUAUAUAUAUAUAUAAAUAAAU